AUGGAGUAUCUCCAACAUGACCUUCUACCCACUGACCCCAAGGAAGCCAUGAAACUUCGGAGGCGUGCUCCUCGCUACCUCCUUAUAGAAGGUGUACUCUACAAAAAAAGUUUUAUGGGCCCGUACCUCCGGUGCCUUGGUGAAGAGGAAGCCAACUUUGCUAUCCGUGAAACUCACGAUGGAUCAUGUGGAAUGCACGCUGGCCCACGAAGUCUCGAGAAGAUCCUCCUCAGGCAGGGAUACUAUUGGCCCACUAUGCGCCGAGACACGCGAGAGUAUGUCAAAUCUUGUAUCAAGUGUCAAGUUGCCGCCCAAGUUCCACAUGCACCACCUGGGCCCAUGCAAGGAAAUAUUAGUCCAUGGCCAUUUGCCCAAUGGGGAAUGGAUUUCCUGGGACCAUUCCCUGAAGCCCCGGGACGAAAAAAAUGGCUCAUUGUCGCAAUCGACUACUUCACCAAAUGGGUAGAAGCGAGAGCCAUCACUGGACUCACUGCCCAACAAGUCGAGAAAUUCUUGUGGGAAAAUAUCAUUUGUCGCUUUAGUCUUCCCCACACCAUCAUACUCGAUCAAGGGACACAGUUCACAAGUGAAAGUCUUCAAACAUACUGUGCACGGUAUGGCAUCCUCCUCCGUUAUGCUUCUGUCCCCUAUCCUCAAGCUAAUGGACAAGCAGAGUCAGCCAAUAAAAACAUCCUCUGGGGGCUAAAAACUCGACUGAAUGAAGCAAAAGGAAAGUGGGCGGAAGAACUUUCUCAUGUUCUUUGGGCCCAUCGCACGACCUAUAAAACAGCCACAGGGGAGUCACCCUAUGCCCUCACCUUUGGCCUAGAUGCAGUAAUUCCUGUGGAAACUGAGCUUUCCUCCUACCGCAUUGAAACAUUUCACCCUAACGAUAAUCAACAGGAGCUCGUUCAUGACCUCCAUCUCAUUGAAGAACGUCGAGAAGACGCUCUCCUCAGAAUGAUAGCCAUGAAGGCACGUGUAGCUCGUUACUACAAUACCAAAGUAAAGCAGCGACCAAUAUGUGAAGGUGAAUGGGUUCUCCGCCGCAACUUUUACCACAAAACAAGCUUAGGAAAGUUCAAUCCACCAUGGGAAGGACCCUACAGAGUACGCAAAGUGGUCGGUCCAAACACUGUCAAGCUUUCUGAUGCUAGUGGCCGAAAUAUUCCCCGCACCUGGAACACCAUGCACCUUCGAAGGUACUUUACGCCAUAA